AUGAACAACAAGAUGAAUAUAAUUGUUUGGUCCAAGAAACACGAGGAAUGUACAUUAGACCAGUGGAAAUCUGUACUUUGGUCUGAUGAGUCAAAAUUUGAGAUUUUUGGUUCCAACUGCUGUAUCUUUGUGAAACGCAGAGAAGGUACAUUUUUAUCAGAACAAAUAAUGGAAACAAACAAAACAAUGGUCAAAUAUUUUAUUUUGUUGGCUUUUGCUGAUUUGCACCAGUUUCAAUAUCUUCUUAUUUUUGUCUUUCUACUGACCUACAUUACAUGUGUCAUAGGGAACUUUGCUAUCAUUGUUCUUGUUGGAGUAGAACCUUCUCUUCAUAGAGUAAUGUAUUAUUUUAUUAGUGUAUUCUCUGUUUUGGAAAUUAUGUUCGUCUCUGUCAUUGUCCCAAAACUUUUAGACAAUCUUAUUGCAGCUAAUAAUGUUAUUUAUUUUAAUGAAUGCUUUGCUCAAAUGUAUAUGUUUAUUUCCUUGGCUGGAACUGAAUGCUAUCUGCUGGUAGUAAUGGUCUAUGACCGACAUGUGGCUAUUAAUAAUCCUUUACACUACUCAGCAAUAAUGACACCUACAGUUUGCAUUAAUUUGGCUCUUCUACCAUGGAUCAUAGGAUUUGCUAUUAGUUCAAUCCCUGUCUUCAUCACAGCACAUUUGGAAUUCUGUGGUCCUAAUAUGAUUGAUCACUUCUUCUGUGACUUGGCUCCGCUGCAGAACUUGGCAUGUUCCGAUCCCUUUAUAAGCAUUCUAUCUACAAGCACUGGAGCAGUAUUCAAUGCAGCUAUGUCUUUCAUUACAAUCAUAGGAUUCUACAUCCGUAUAAUAAUGACUGUUAAUAAGAUCAAGAGCGAGGAAGGAAAACAGAAAGCUUUUUCCACAUGUUCAUCUCAUCUUAUUGUAGCUGGUCUAUUUUAUGGGACAGGCAUCAUUGUGUAUGCCAAGCCUAAGGGAAGCCAUUAUGCCAAAUAUCUUACUUUUAUGUACACAGCAUUCACACCUAUGAUUAACCCUUUUAUUUAUACCUUUAGAAACAGGGAUGUAAAAAAGGUUUUACUGAAUUCAAUUAGCAGGUUUAUAAAACCAGUUUGA